AUGGUUGAAGCCGCCGUUAGGGGAUGGCGUGAUAAUAGUGACAUCUUAAGUAGGACAACUGUGGAAGAAAGAAUACUUCAUGUUCUUAAUCUUGGUUUUGGAUAUGAUCCUAGUACAAAGAGGUUCACUGCAACUAAUGAAGUAUGGGACGAAUACCUUAAGAUGAGCUUCCUAAAUACCGCUCACCCAAAUGACACUGACCUACGUUAUGGGACAUAUGAAGAUUAUGAGGACUUGGAAAUUGCUAUUGGGAAUGGUGUAGCGGUUGGGAAAAACUCGAUUGGGUUGGGUGGUGACGUUACUGAUGCAAGAACAUUAGUUGUUGAAGAAGGUAGAAAGGUAUGCAUAGAAGACUUUGAUUAUGAUAUAGAAAACGAAGCAUUUGUUAAACCAACUGAAGAUAAUCCAUCAGCUCAUCCAACAUCUCCCCUUCAAUCCCCUGAAAAUUUAGAGAUUCCAAGGCGAGGAACUACCCAAAACAAAAGAAGUAGAGCCGAGUAUGAAGGAAAUUCUAACUCAACUAGAGGCACCCCUCAAAGUGGCGUUAUGGAGAAGCUUGAUAAACUUCAUUUUGGUUUUGAAUCUAUGAUUACCUUACUAGAGAAAAGAGACCGAAAAAGUAAAAUUUGGGAUGCCAUCAAGGAGAUCCCAAACUUGAAUGAAGCUACUUGUUUCACUGCUCUUGAGUUGCUUGAUACCAAAACAAAAAAAGAUGCAUUCUUCAAUAUGUCUCCUCAAGAGCGGUCAAAUUGGAUAUUCCACAAGAUGGGAGGAUUCUAG